ACGCCGUUGAGUCCAUGCUUUCAGACUACGACAUCCUUCCUCAGUCCAGCAUCCAGCAACACUCGCUGAAGAAGAGGGACCUCCAGUCUGAGACACACGUGGAGAGGCUCUUAAGUUUUUCAGCCCUGCAAAGGCACUUUAAACUAUACUUAACUGCAACUGCUGAACACUUUUCAGAAAAAUUUCAAGCAUUAAUUGUGGAUGGGGAAGGCAAGGAGAAGGAGUAUCGUGUUCAAUGGCAAGACUUCUUCACUGGGCAUGUCGUUGGAGAGCAUAAUUCCAAGGUUGUGGCGCAUAUUGGGGACGAAGACUUUACAGUAAGAAUCAAUACUGAUGGAGAAGAAUACAAUAUAGAGCCACUGUGGAGGUUUGUAGAGAAUGUGGAAGAUGAAAGACUGCUGGUCUACAGAUCUGAAGAUAUAAAAGAUUUCUCACGAUUACAGUCUCCCAAAGUGUGUGGUUAUUUAAAGCUGAAUGAGGAAGAACUGUUGCCAAAAGGACUGGAAGACAGGAAGCAAAACGAAGCAGGCACCCCUCGGAAGAAAAGAGCCGUUCCAGAGAGCUCCAAAAACACGUGCAAGAUGUUGGUAGUGGCAGAUCAUCGUUUUUUCAAGUAUAUGGGCCGUGGGGAAGAGAGUACCACUAUAAACUAUUUGAUUGAGUUGAUAGACAGAGUCGAUGACAUCUACCGAAACACUUCCUGGGACAAUGGAGCCUUCAAUGGGUACGGCAUACAGAUAGAGCAGAUUAUCAUCCACAAUGAGCCAAACCUUGUAAAACCCGGAGAAAAGCAUUACAAUAUGGCAAAAAGUUACCCAGAUGAUAAGAAGGAUGCCUGGGAUGUGAAAAUGCUGCUAGAGCAAUUUAGCUUUGAUAUCGCUGAGAAAGCAGCUCACGUGUGCCUUGCUCAUCUCUUCACCUAUCAAGAUUUUGACAUGGGAACGCUUGGAUUGGCUUAUGUUGGCUCUCCCAGACCUAACAGCCAUGGUGGGAUUUGUCCUAAAGCUUAUUAUAGUCAGAUUGCCAAGAAGGACAUCUACUUGAACAGUGGCUUGACCAGCACCAAGAACUACGGGAAGACCAUUCUCACGAAG